GCAGCCAGGGCCAGACGAGACAGGGCAUAAUAACAACUAAGUGCGUGCUCUGGCCCGCGCACCCACUGAGACGGUUUCUUGGUUUCUAUAUCGCGGCGAGCUCGCCGCGCGAGGCAAACUGGGGAAAUGUGUUGGCUGCUCGAUAAGAAGUGCGGAAUAUGGCGUCUUUUCUUGAAAUAGGAUCGCGCGGGCGGACUGCCGCCGGUGACUCGAAUCAUUUAGGCGUUGUACCGCGGGUGGCGCCGAAAACUCAAGUGUGAGCUCCCUUGGCGCCGAGUCUUGGACUUUGCGCUGUGACGAGCAGAAUCCUACAGCCGUUCUACCGUCCUGGGCCCUCUGCACUUGCUAGCAGGAGCAGCAGUGUUGACUUUAUUUUCAAGGCCGCCCUGGAAAUAUUUCGGGGGUAGUGGUAUUUUAGGGCGAAGCGUGCCAUUCUGGCCAUUUAUACCCAUGUCAGUCUGGAAAUGAACCACUGUCACGCAUGUCAUCGGGUCCGAUGAAUCAAGCUUAGUGCCAUUGGGCUAUGGACGGAAUGGUUGAAGAGAAUGGCCCGGUUGUCGUUGAUCAACUGACUCACACCACGGCUGGAGGAAACGCAUCUGCAAUCAUUACAUCGGUACAAUCGGUGAUACAAGCUAACAAGCAGUCUGUGAUUCAGACUGCUGCUGGAAAUAUCCAAUUGAAGCCAGGAAAUGUUAUACUGGUCAAACCAAACUCAGUUAUUCAGACUACUCCUGGUAACAUCCAAGCAUUACAGGUUGUCGAUGCUGAUAGUGAUGAUGAUAUGUCCCCAAGGAAACGAAGGGAUGUAUUAACAAGACGACCUUCAUACAGAAAAAUCCUUAAUGAAAUAGAUGAAAUAGCUGGCAAUCCAGGACACAAGGUAGAAUCAUCAUCAGAGUGUGAUUCAAACCUCGACAGUGAGCUCUCCUCACAUUCCCUCUCUACUCACUACUCAACAGUGAUUCCAGCAGGAACUAUACAGAUCAACAGUCAGGUCGAAGCAGUGCAGGGACUGCACACUAUCACCAUGACCAACGCCACUGCUGCAGGUGGGCUAGUGCAGUACACGUCUGGGCAAGAUGGCCCUUUUUAUGUCCCAGGUGAGGACGGACAGUUGGCCACCAUAGUAGUAACGCAAGGCGGUGGGUUAAGUGGCGGUUCGGUCAUGCCAGAGGAUCAGUCAAGGAAAAGAGAAAUGAGGCUUCUUAAAAACAGGGAGGCUGCACGAGAAUGUCGGAGGAAGAAGAAGGAAUACAUAAAGUGUCUUGAAAACAGAGUAGCUGUUUUGGAGAAUCAGAAUAAAGCUCUGAUUGAUGAGCUGAAAUCACUUAAAGAGCUGUACUGUCAAACAAAAUCAGAAUGAUCUGUCGACAUUUAGUCUGGCAGUACUGUGCUCCAAUGCUAUCUGUGAUGAUGCGGCUGAUGUAAUGCCAUCAGUCGAAUGUUAGUUGCCUGGGCGUCUGGUAGCCACAAUCUCCUCUGGAAUGGUACAUUUUUAGUGAAGAAAUGUAUUAAGUUCUUAAACAUGUAGUGAGAUGUGUUAUAAUUACUUAAGUAUAAAGUCAUAUCGAGGGGGGAUUUUCUGUACAAUGCCUUUUGUGUGAACAUUGAUGCAAUAUUUUUGUGAAAUGAACCCCUUAACAGUUAAGUACUCCAUUUUGCCAUCUCGUUUCACUUUGUCUCAGAGACUAUCAGCUUUAUUGUGUGACUGCAUUGCAAUGCAUGGGGUGUUCUUAGUCGAAUGGAAAUCAUGUGAUUUUAAUGUAAGUUUGGAAAAAUGAAAUACCCCAUGCUCCAUCAUUUUCUUCUGCAUCAGGCGCCUAUGAGUAAUUUUUUAACCUUAAGAUUUGUGUAGUGAAUUUGGCUUGAAGAUCUAGUUGUCAGCUCAUCCAGUUGCCACUCUAGUGAUUAUUUUUGUGACACACAUGCAUAGACUAUUUACAUUAUCAUUCACUCAUGCUGGUGGCAUGGGGAGUGUAUGUUUAUGAUCAAUUCAACCGUGCUGGGCUGUGGUCAAUAAUAAUCAUUGGUAUCUAAUGCACAAGUCUCCGAGUUGCAGUAACAAUUCCAUGGUUACAGAUGCCUUUGAGAGUUGUGCGGGCAAGUUUGAUCUGUGGGUUCGGUUAUAGGGUAAGCUUCUAUGUAUGGAAGAUGUAGUAAGUGGUUUUUUUUUUUUAAUUUAUUGUCACUUGUGUCUUAGCCCUUCUCCUUCAUUUCCUACCUAUAACAGUUAUCUGGUCAAUUACAGCAUUGUAACUCUAUUUUCUCCUGUUAGUUUCAAUGCCUUUGCGUUUGAAUUAUUUGACAAAUACUUUAUACUUAUGGAUGAAAUGCUAUCUUUUCUCAACCGCCUGUUUUUAGCUCUAAUCAAGUAUGCUAUGUUUUAAUGUUGAACCUGAAUGAUCAGUGGACCGCAGGGGCUUGAGUUGAUGUUUGCUUUUCAUAUGCAUGAAUUUUGCUUAAAUAGUUCAAUUAGUGGUAAGUCUGAAAAUGAUCCAAUAAUUUGGUUGAGAUGCUAUUUUAUAAGAGUCACCUAAUGAGAAAAGUACAUAAAUCUUGACUUGCUUGAUUGUGCUUUUUGUCACAUGUCAGUCCAAUUAAGGUAUUAAUAAUUUGUAAGGAGAAGGGUCAGGGUGCAAAGUUUUUAUAUUCUAAUAUUUAAAGAGAUUUUUUUGUUAAACAGAGUGAAGAUAUCCACCGCACAUAAAACUUUAUAAAUGUAUAGUUCACAUACAUUAUGUUAUUCUCAGUGUAACGCUUUAUUGAAUGUUGAAUUCUUUGUGUGCUUGAACAAUGUAUUCUGUUUAUGUCUUCUCAAUCUUUGUUUGGACUUAGAACCAUCUUGAAGCCUGAAUUAUUUUUCAGUGACCAAGAAGUUGAAACACUUUGUGUGCUGUUACUUAAGGCUGACUUAUUAAUAGGAGGACAGAUGAUCAAAUUGUUUCAUCUUGAGCAUGCUUCAGCUGUAUACUUAAAUUGUCACAGAGGUCUAGAAUCCCUCUCAUUGUUCUCUAGUGAAACAAGUUAAUUUUUUGAAAGAAGCAAAACGGACGAACUUACAUUAUCAGCCUUAACAACAGCAAUUUUAUUCAGUAAUUGCGGUGCUUUUGAGAUCAAGCAAACAUUAAUUUAAUUGAGACCUGGUCUUUGUUGAUUCAUUAAGGAGUUAUUGUUUGAUUUCACAUGUGUCUGUAUUUGUUGUUGUAAAUAGCAAUAGUAUUUUUAAUAAUUUUUUUAUUUUGUUGGAAUGAUGUUAAUUUCUCAUGUAUAAAUUGUUUACUUGUGUAAAUUUUGUGAAGAAUUACUUUAUGAAAUUUUGUUAUGACAUCCCUCUCCUUUUCUUUUCCCAUAUCUAUUUUUCAGUGGUAUGGAACAGUUAUGUGCCAUCCUAUUUUUGCAGUGCAAUGCAUGGGAAAAAACAGGGAUAAAGUUAAGUUAAUUCAUUUAAAAGAAAAAAACAAGAAUGAAUCUGUGUCAUUCUCUCAUAACCUCUGAUGUUGAGAAGUAGUUCACAUUAAUUUUUGUGAAAUACUUGAGGAGGGUAUCUGGUGUGAUUUAUCAGAAUAGUAAUAGCUGAUAUGGUACAAGAUAGAUAGUUAAUUUUCAUUGAGGCUCAUCUAGAUUUGCACAUGUUCUUUGAGAGAAGUAAACAGUUUUGAGCAUCUCAUAUUUAGGAAGAAGUGCAGUUGGUUACCAUGCUUACCAAGCAUUUUUGCUCUUUUUAUUGGGGAGAAAAUAGGCUUUUGCUGUUUGACUGGCAGUAUGACAGCUGGAAAAAUUAAGUCUUCAGUUUUGUACUAGAAUGUAAUUAAGUUGAAGUGCCUCUGUUUCAUACUUAAGAAUCUUUCAAGGUUGUAAGCUGUUCCACUAUGGCAUUUUGAAAAAUUGUUUCCCUGCUACCUUGUGUUAUUUUUAACCAAAGACUGGCUAAACCAGCAAGGAAAUCGCAAAUGCAUACUAGUUGCACAUACCUGUUUUCAUGUAGUCUGUUAUAGAUCUGUAUUCAUGGUUGUUCAAAGACUUGCAUAAGGUUCUUGGAAGAAGUUUUUUGACAACCUCUGGAAAACCAUUAUGAAUGAAAAAUCAGUUGUAAACACCUACCUUUGCUGUGAGGUGACCUUAGUAUUGAAGUCAUCCUGCAGUGACCGUGUUAAUGUAUUCACAAAAGAACUGAUGACAGAAUAUUCCAAACUGUGGCCCUCUUAAUUAACAAUUUAUCUCAAAAUACACAUUUUUAAGUUAAUGUAUGUAUCUAUUUGGCAGUGUAUGUUUCUAAUGAAGUUUUUGAACAACAUGUUUACAUGAUGUGUUUUCCAUAAUCAUUGAGGGAACAAAAUCUUGUGUAAGAUCUCUUAAUCUAAAAUAGUGUGUUGAUAUUGGCAGCAGACUCGCUUCAACAUAUGUAUGUAUAAAAAAGUUGUACAUAGUAAGAAAGUGGAAUAUUUGAGUUGCUUGGAAAAAUUGGUAAUAUAUUGUAAAUAAUAUAUGUAUUUUUACAUAUUAAAGUC